GCUCAGCUGGGCCUGUGGAGGUUUAUGCGGUGUCGCCUCUUCCUGGGCCGGGCUGUGCGCGGGAGGCUCUGGGUCUAAAAUUACUUUAAUAAAGAAGCUGCAGUGUCCUAUUUUCUAGGCAAGUGGCUACGUCUGCUAAACUGAUGUACUUGUUUUGGCAUCUUUACAAGAGAGGACAACAACUCAUCAUAUUUGUUUAACACGCAGCAGUGGAGGUGUCUCCAUGAAUAAUUUAAAUGAUCCUCCAAACUGGAAUAUCCAGCCUAAUCCAAGGGAUAAUGGUGGUGAUGGCAACAAAUGGAAUUAUGCUUUGUUGGUUCCAAUGCUGGGAUUGGCUGCAUUUCGUUGGAUCUGGUCCAGAGAGUCUCAGAAAGAGAUAGAAAAAGAAAAAAAAUAUUACAGAAGACUAACAUCUGUACAAAGAGAUCUUGAAUCAAAAUAUCGUGACAUAAUCACAGAAAAUCGUCGCACAGUCGCUCACUUGGAGUUGGACCUUGAAAAGGAACACAACAGAACCCUGAGUUAUCGUGAAGCCCUAAUCUCCCAGAGUCGCAAAUUAGUAGAAGAAAGAAGAGUUCUAGAACAGGAACGUGACAAGUUAGAGCAAGAAAAACAGGUUCUGCGGCACUCAGGGGCAGCAGGUGCCUUGUACCAAAGUUGUCUUGCAAAGGAAGCACAAUGGCAAAAGAGAGCUAAUAUUGUAAUAAAAGAAUUUGAAGAAGCACUUUUAGAAAGACAAGAUAUCUACUGCAGUUUUGUGCUGCCCAGAAACCAGCGACUAGAAAUAGAGAAAAAUUUGCUAGUUAGAGCAGCAACUGAUCCUGUUGCUAUGGAUAUAGAAAUGGAAAAUGGUUUAAAAGAUAUUUUUAAAUAUGAUACAUAUUGUGGUAAUGUGCUGAACACAAACAAACGUCAAAAUGGAAGACUAAUGUGGCUUUAUCUCAGAUAUUGGGAACUAACUGUUGAAUUAAAAAAGUUCAAGAGAGUAGAGAAGGCCCUGUUGGAAAAAUGAUGUGUGGGGAAAGUAGUGGCAUUUCAUGCACUACGGCACAUGUAGUAUAUAAUGACUCACUGGUAUUAUAAAGCUGCAUUUCCUGUAGUACAUUCAUCUAUUUUUCCCCCUCCUCAUUGCAACCACAUUUGCACUACUCCCAUCCUUGAGAGUGUCUCCACAGUUGGUGCCUUUCCAUUGAUGGGCCAACCACAAAUGCUCACUAAGCAGUGCAGUUUACCCUGAGACUAUGUCAACUGAAAGACACACUUUGUGUUCACAGCCAGGCUAGUAGAGAAUGCUCCCAACUCCUGAUUUCCUGCAUGGCAGUGCAACGGCAUCUUUUUGUGCAACAAAACUCUCAGGAAAGUACUCGGAAGUGACGGUAAUAGUGAGAUUUCUUGUUAUAUUAUUUAGGUGUGAGAUGCUUUCUCUGUACCAAUGAAAAAAGUGUGCAAUCAUGUUUUCAAAUUAGAUUUGCAUUGUUUUCUAUGCUUGAUGUGCAAAUGUCACUUUACACUACAUUAUACAUAAAAAUAUUUGCUUGAAAUACAAAGACAGAAUGCUAUUUAAAAUAAUACAGAAGGAAAAUAAAAACAAAGACUUUGAUGCUUACUGACAAUGAUAAUGAGGGCAUGAUUGGUCUUAAAUCAGGAUUACAUAUGAGUUAUAAUCUAGAAGUUGCCACUUAAAGGGAAUUCAUACAAUGGGAAAGUAAAACAUUUAAUCACUUAUUUUUCCUUUCAGGUCUAGGUUACCAGUUUGGAUUUUGCCCACAUUGGUAUUGCUGAAGGCCCUAUUGCAUUGACUGAUUGAUCUCUAAUGGGUUGAUUAUUUUAAGCCCAUCUCUAUUAGACAGAUAUCCAUAUCAUAAAAACCAUUGUCACAUGCAGCAGAGAUUUCAAGGAUUGAUUGGAUGUAGAGACUAAGCAACUCUCUUAUCCUUAUAAGUAGUCCCCCCAGAGCAAGUGUGGGAUUAUAUUACCUUGGCUCAUGUACAGUGAGGAGUUGGGCAGGGAGCAAAACCAUCUCCUGGAUUGAUUUUGGGGAAGUAACUGAGCAAAAGAAAUUAUCAUGGAAUUUUCUUCCUCGACUUCCCUCAUCUGGGUAUUUCAGUCAUGGGGUAAUCAGCCCAGGAUUCUGACCUCACUGUAGAAUUAAACAGAAGAAAUUACUUAUUCACAGACCAAUAAAAAUAACAGCAAAGGACUGCAGAAAAUAAAAUAUAAAGGCUUUCGUUUUUCAGUCUGUCCUGUUUAAAGUGCCUCUUGAAAUGUUUGUUCUCCUGCAAAAGGAGAAAACAUUAAUCACUUACAUAAAAAGCAAAAGGAAAAUGGAUAUACAGUAACUGAGAAGUAAAGUAACUGUGUUUAAAUUGAUUUUGUAGAUGUUUAUAUCAUUGUCAAUUUCUAUUAAAUAUUUACAUUGCAGCAAGAUGAGCAGUAACUGAUUAUUUCAGAAUUAAUUUUAUUGAUCUCUAGCACUAAUACAUUAUAGCAUAAUGUCUAACUUUAGGUAGAAAAUGAAAUAUUCUAAAGUGACAAUCUUGGGCUAAAUUUGACUCAAAAUAAAGGUUGUAUAACAACUGUCAUUUACAGAAAUGAAGACCAACAGAAGCAUAUCUAUGGAUAUUUUCCAAAUGCCAAUGGUUCUGUCGAUCUGUGUUCUUAUAACUGCACCACUAUAAUAGCUGGCUGCCUCCCAAGGAAUAGAGAAAAUACAAAAGACUAAUGCACUAUACCAGGGUUUCCUUUGUACUUCCCCUGAGGUACUCAGGCAGUGGGUUUUUCAUUUGUGUUUUAACUUGAUUUUCUCCUAUGGAUUAACAGCAUUGUGCUACUUCAUAAGAACCUGAAAGUUAAACUACUAAAAUCCAGACUGGAAGUGAUUUGGGCCUCAGUCCUACAUCAGGACCCACUAUCCCAGACUCUUGCAUCCACACAGAGUACCACUGGCACAGGCGGAGGGAUCCAUUCUAGUAGAUCUCCAUGUAGGACAGGGCCCAGGUCUUUUAUGUCAAAUCUGAGAUAAAUACAAAGAUAAAAAAUGAGCACCCAUUUCUGUUUUGAUAGACUGCCAUUUGUUUGGUUUGAGUUAAAACACAAGCCACACCCUGCGGAGUUUAAAAUUAAGUUAAAGAGUGAAAAGUAAUUUAAAAAAAUUCUGUUUUAAUAAUAGACGUUAUUUGUAACUUAAGUAAGGAUAUCAGUUUUCAAUAUUUUUAUCCUGUCAAUGACCCUCUUAUUAAUUGUAGGUACUGCUCCUCUUAAGGUUAAAAGUAAUUCUAUUUUGAUAAAAAUGAGAAAUAUAUACCCAAUACACACACUAAAGCUUUGUAAAUUUGUAUUACCUCUUUGAAAAAGGCCAAAAUGUUUAUCAUCUUGGUUUAUAUUUUUCUAUAGUUUUAUCACUGAUACCAACUCAAAAACAUUUAUGAAGAGGACAGAGCUGAGAGGGCAAAACAUUUUUCAGUUUAUAUUAGUAUUUAAAUUGUGUCAGUGUUUGGUUUAUUCCUAAUACAAUGUUGUGAGGUAAUCAGUGUAUCAAAAUGCCAGUUAGUAAAGUAGAGCUAUUUUUGUAAAUAUAAGAUUCUUCAAAGUUACAUUUGUUUAACAUUAGGUUAGUUAAUGAAGGCAGGACAGUGGCUCAGAGGGGAAGUCCAAAAGCACAUAAUAGAUUUAGGAGCACAAGUCCCAAUGACUUUUAAUGGGACUUGUGCUCCUAAAUGUCUUAGGCACUUUUGUAACUCACUCACUCUGUCUCUCUCUCUCUCUCGCAAUAGAUAAGGUUGUGUUAGAAGUUCCACUGUAAGCUUUAUUUUGUCCCUUGCACUUCAAAUUUUGAUCUGGGGAAGUAAUUGGCAAUUUGAUCCCUGCCAAUAGAUGACAUCAGCUGGCAUGAAAAAGAAACACUUCAACCAGUCAGUUAGUGUAUUUGUUACAUAAGGCCACUUGCCUUCCACCAUGCUUCCUCAAACAGCCCAUUCCCCUCCUCCACACACCCUGGCUCCCUUCAUGCAAUCUCCAAUACUCCUGACUCGUUCCUAUGGAUCCCCACAUCACCCCAACCCAUCCCCAGUGUUCAGAGGGUCCUUGGGGGCCCCCCAUUCCCUCUGUGAGCCUAGUUAAUGUCAGACUCAGUGAGCCAAAAUAGUCUAAUUGGGAACUGACAAGCCUACUAAACCUCUUUGGGGUGGCGGAGAGGGCUGCCAAAUACUCUCUCUUCCUUGGCUCUCACCGUGUCCCAUCCCACACAAAGUGCCCACUGCCUCUCAGCUCAGUCACACUCCUCACACUAUACCAAUUCCUCUGUCUUGCCCUCUUUUGUAUCUUGCCCUGUCCCCUCUCUGCCUGCUCCACAAUGCCUCCUAACACCUUUCCUCUCUCAUGCAACCUAACUAGACUGACCAGAUCCUCUGAGCCUUCACUCCUAGGCUUCCAGCUGUCUGUAGCUCCAGCACCACUCCAUCACUUCCUCAAUAUUCUGACAAUUACAUAAUAGUAGCUAAACAAAGAGAAACUGUGAGAAUAAUCUAAUAUGUGUAUAUUGCAUACAUCAUAGAGAUGCUGGUUGCAGCUUCAUUGUUAAAGAUGCAUUGAGAGUUCCUUUGUAAGUCAUGUUUUGACACAGCCUACUCUCAUCCCUAAAAUGUUAUAGGAAGGAGCUAUUACUGUGAAAUAUUGGAAAUUAAUCUAAGGGAGGAGCAGAAUUUUUCUAUUAAGUUUGGUAUCAAAUGUUAAUGUAACCCUAACUUAUGAUUUUUUGGGGGAGGUGUUAUUUGUUUCAUUUUAAUGAAUGUAUUAAUUGGUUCUUGUAUUGCACUCAGCAACCUUAUCUGAAACUUAAUAAAGUUUUAUGUUUUGGGAUA